AUGGAUCGAGUCAUGGAGCUCAAGAGUAUAUCAAAUGCCUGGAAUAAUUCACCAUUCUACCUCUCACCCAUCAGUCCAGUAAAGGCAAGAAAUAGUGAAGCUAAUAAAAAGAAAGAAGUUGAAGAUGUUUGCAGGAGCUUUGAGAAUUAUCUGAUAGAGAUGAUUGUUGAAGAGGGUGAAAUGGGGGAUUUGACGGACGUGGAAGAGCUUCUGUACUGCUGGAAGAACCUCACUUGUCCCGUUUUCAUUGAUUUAGUAUGCAGAUUCUACGGGGAGCUAUGCAAGGAUUUGUUUUCCAAAACCAGCAAAGACGAUAAGUGA